AUGCGUCUACACAAUAGCCUCGCUUCUUUGGGGGCCUUUUUGCUACCGUUGACCGCAGCACAAUCGCCCGGCGGUACUGGGAGCAGCAAUGUGUCAAGUAGUUUGGGUCCCGAUGAGCAUGGCUUUUAUUGGAUCUACAGCGAGGGACUCUCCGCCGCCUUCAUUCCUUACGGUGCUUCCGUCGCAAAGCUCUUGGUCCACGAUCAGUACGGUAUUGAGAGAGAUGUUGUAGCCGGCUUUGAUAAUGCUACGGCCUAUACGCUUGACAAAACCCAUCCCCAUCUCGGCGGCGUGCCGGGCCGAUACGCAAACCGCAUCAAGAAUAGUACAUUUGAGAUUGACGGCGAAACCUUUCACGUUAAAGCCAAUGAGAACCCCACGCUGGAAGCUCCUGAUGGUGUCGACACCCUGCACGGUGGCCCCAAUGGCUGGGACUUCCGCAACUUUACUGUCGUUGCUCACUCCAAUGAUAGUAUAACAUUCUCAAUUGUGGAUCCCGACGGCGAGCAAGGAUUUCCCGGAGAGGUGAUUUCCUAUGUAACCUAUACUCUGCACGAGUUCACUUGGGAUAUCAAGCUGGUGGCUAUCGCAACUACGAAGAAGACGCCCAUCAUGCUUAGCAGCCACACGUACUGGAACUUGGACGGCUUUGCCAAUAACGAGACCAACACCGCCUUAAACCACACUUUCUACCUGCCCUACAGUGGCCAGCGAGUUGGUGUCGACGAUAUCCUGAUCCCCACAGGUGACAUCAUCGCCAACAAGAAGGGAUCGGUGAACGACUUUUGGAGUGCCCCGAAGCAAAUUGGAACCGACCUUCAAAAGCCUGACGCGGAGGGUAACUGCGGUUUCAACUGCACUGGUUAUGACAAUUGCUGGCUUGUCAACCGGGAUCAAGAGGGCCCUUAUGACUGGCGCGCUGAGGGCGGCUUUGUCGCUCGUCUGCACUCGGAAUGGUCAGGCAUCCAGCUGGAUGUGUACACGGACCAGGACGCAUUCCAGAUGUACUCAUGCAACGGCCAGAACGGCACGAUGCCGGUCAAGACGUCGCAAGGUCUUUUCGACAACGACGACUUCCCUCGCACGAUUCCCAAGUACGGCUGCCUCGUCAUGGAGGUUGAGGACUGGAUUGACGCUAUCAACCACCCCGAGUGGCAGCGCGAGUCCAAGCAGGUCUUCAGUCCCGGCGGCGACCCUUACGUCCUCCAGGCCAGCUACGUCUUCAGCAUAAACACCACAAAGUGUUAA